UAUCAAACGCACUUUCUAAUUUCUACCUGGGAUCUCGAGUUGUGCUCCUCGUGCCGCCAGGUGACAUGGAUUAACGUGACUUCUGUACCUCGAGGAGGUGCUUUUUUGCGGCUUUUUUGUAAGUUCAUCCACAUCCAGAACGGUCGGGACGGCCCGCCCUGCGCUCAGGAGCGGAUUAGAGAAGAGAAACCUGCCACUCGGAGAUGAAGAUAAAUCAUCCCAGUCCUCUUCAGUGGGAUGAUGGAGAAAUGGCGAGCGGAGUGGGACAGUAACCGGUGCCUUCAUGGAGCCCUGAUCCACAGGGCUGCGAGCAGAUAAAUGGAGCUGCAGGACAGGAGUCGCUCCCCGUCCCGCAGGACCAGCCGAGUGGAGCAGGUGGUAGGACGAUGGCUGAGACGGUCCCGAGAUUUAGGCAGCAGGUCUCACUCUCUGAGCAGAGAUCGUGUUGCAGUAGAUGGGAAGCUAGCAGAGUCCAGCAGCUCUGAUCAGAGGAAUUACCCAUUCCGUUUCAACAUUCAAAUCCAAAGAGACCCCAACUUCAACUCCCAUGGCCUCACUCUUUCCUCUCAGACUCCCAUCCUGGUGCAGGAGGUUACCCCAGGUGGUCCCGCAGAUGGUCGGCUCCUCCCUGGCGACCAGCUUGUGAAGAUCAAUAACGUCGCUGUCGAUGACCUGACCCCAGAGCAAGCUGCUGAAAUAAUCAGGGAGUGUCAAGAUACGUUGGCCAUGACGGUCCUCAGAAUAAUGGUGGGCCCAAAGUCAUCAUUCAUCACACCAGAGAAGAGGGCCAAGCUCAAGUCCAACCCUGUAAAGGUCCAUUUUGCUGAGGAGGUGGAAGUCAAUGGACACACACAGGGGAACUCGCUGCUCUUUUUGCCUAAUGUCCUAAAGGUCUACCUAGAGAAUGGACAAACCAAGGCCUUCAAAUUUGAAUCCAACACCACAGUCAAGGACAUUGUGAUGACGCUGAAAGAAAAGCUUUCCCUGAGCCGUAUUGAGCACUUUUCCUUGGUGCUGGAGCAGCAGUACAGCAGCAGCAAGCUACUACUGUUACAUGACGAGGAGCGAAUACAGCAGGUAGUCCAAAAGAAGGAGGUGCAUGACUACAGGUGUUUAUUCCGGAUUUGUUUUAUGCCUAAAAACCUCCGGAAGCUGCUGCAUGAGGAUCCGACUGCAUUUGAGUACCUCUACCUGCAGGGUGUGAAUGAUGUGCUGCAGGAGCGCUAUGCGGUGGAGAUGAGGUGUAACACCGCCUUGCGACUCGCUGCGCUCCACAUUCAGGAGAGGUUGGUGAGCUGCGGACAGUGCCCCAAAGCCAACCUGAAGAUGAUCACGAAGACUUGGGGUAUAGAGAACUUUGUGUCCUCCACUUUGUUGAGGAACAUGCGGGAGAAAGAUCUGAGGAAGGCCAUUGGCUACCACAUGAAGAAAAGCCAAUCGCAGCACGAUCCCAAGCAAAAGGGCCUGUCGGUCGAUCAGGCACGGAUCAACUACCUGGAGGAGCUGAGCGAACUCAAGUGUUUUGGAGGGAAAUCCUUCGGUGCAACUAUGAUGCUCCAGGACAGGGAGUCGAUGGUGACCCUGUUGGUGGGAGCGCGCUACGGGGUCAGUCAGGUGGUCAACCACAAGCUGAGCAUAAUGACCACCCUCACAGAGUUUACUAGUAUCACUCGCAUCGAGCUGCUGCCUGAAUCAGACAAGGUCAGCCUGGUCAAAAUAUACCUGCAGGACAUCAAGCCCAUCACAUUACUGUUGGAGGCAACUGCAGCAAAGGAUAUGUCCUGCCUGAUAGCAGGAUAUUGCCGUGUGUUCAUUGACCCCAACCUCAACAUCUUUCCCUGGAUAGAUGACAAGAAGCACAAAGUCUCUGCAGAGGAAGGUUACGUGUCUCGAUGCGGAAGUGACUCUGAUGACUCUUCGGACUUGGACAUGGAGCCGCUGCUCAGUCUGGCGCCUCAGGACGAGAAGCCGUGUCCACGUGUCAGAUCCGCGUCAGACCCGGAUGGCAGGAAAAGAAAAGACAGAAUGAGGCAUAAAGGUGGCAAAGACAAGGGAGAUAAACCUUGGGAGGACAAGAAGCUGAAAGAAGAGAAGAACAUGGACACAGAAAAAGAAAAGUCUGCCUCAGAAAAAAAUCAAGAGGGCAAGAAUGAGGAGACAGCGGAGACAAAGAGAGAUGAAGAUGGUGGACUAAAACAGAUCAAAAUAAAGGACGACGAUUCAGGAGGGCAAGCCAGACAAAAAGAGAGGGUUGGAGGUGGAGAGGCAGCAGAGGAGCAGCCAUCUGUAUCAGAAGCAUCAGAUUCAUGUCACACUGACACUCAUGUCAUCACCAGCCCAUCCAGUGACUCUCUUGAUGCCCUAGAAGAAGAUGACUUAAUUACCUGCUCCUCUUCCUCCACCUAUCCAAACGCUUGCCCACAAACCUACGUCUGCUUCCACUCUCCAAUACAGCUUCACCCACACUCAGACAGGCACGUUCAGCCUCACCUCCUUAUACCUCCACCUGUUCACUCCCAUCCCUUUAUCCACCUUACAACUGUCAACAAACCAGAAGGAGGAGGAGGAGGCUGCAGGAAGUCAGGUGAUGGAGCUGAUCCCCAAAUCUUCUCACCCGACUCCCCCUCUUCGCAGAGCUUUCCCGAUUCCCAACAAUGUUCAGGUAGUAUCUUCUCAGACGACAGCUCCCUGUGUUUCUCUGAGCUCUCCCGCCUCGUGGACCUCCUUCCAAGCCCUCCGGAGGCCAGUGAAGAGGACGAUGAUGAAGAAGAGCAGAGAAGGAGGGAAAAGUUACAAAAAGAAAUAGCUGUGACAGUGAGAAAAGCAAGCGAAGAAGGAGGUGCAAGUGGGGAGGGUAGUAUGAAAGAGCAUCUACUUUCUUCUCCAUCAUCCCAAUCCUCCCACAAAGACUUUGUGUUUAACUUUGACCAAAGCGACGCUCGCUGCUACUACAACAUCUGCUCCAACAUCACCCCCGACAGCGCUCGCAGCCUUCCACACCCCCGGCAGCUUCACACCGGAGGAGUGAGGGAGGAGGAGGGAGCUGUGGCCAAGGCUGAAGAUCUGGAGCCCAUCCCCAUCCUCCAUCCACCCCCUGGCUUUGGAGACAGCAGCUCUGACGAGGAGUUCUUUGAUGCCAGAGAUCGCUUCACUUCACCUGAAGAUCCCACCUCAGGUGCCGUGCCAAGAGAUAUUUGCAGACAGAUGAAGCUGGACCUCCUCAGUACUCUCAGCCUCAGCGACAUCAAGGUCUCUGUGGAUGAUCAAGACAAAAACUCAGAAGCAGGAGUGGACAGAAAGCAAGGAGUAGAAGAAGGUGGCAGCAGAGAAACCUUGUUCCACCUCAGAAAAAGAUCUCGGAAGCGUCGUUCCUUCAUGGAAACUGAUUACACCUCCAGGGUGACAUAUCCAGAACCUGAUCCAGAACCAAAGCACAACUUAACUGCCAACAGGCACCCCAAAAACAUUAUAUCAGAAGCCAUCGACAUCCAAAUGCUAAGUUCAGAUCCAGAACCUUUUGAGCAAACCAAGAAUCCCAGUCCUACUAUCUCCUCGCUUACUCACUCUGAAGGAGAACCUGCUCAACUUGAGUCAAAGCCCAUCCCGUCUAAACUCCGCUCACAAAGACCAGAAUUAAAAUCCUCCUCCAGGACCAGGAAACAGGAAAUGGAGAUGGAGCCUGAUGCAAUGGAGUCCAAAUCAGUCACGGAUCUAGUGAAAACCGUAUCUCCAAUCAUCACUGUUGUCCGCUGUAGGGUUGAUCCAGACGGGAAGGAGAGCACAGAUCGGCAAGGUGAUGGGAAGGAGGAAGAGGAGGGAGAAGAGGAGGUGGGUGAAGGAAAAGAUGAGGCAGACAAGGAGGAGCCCGUGGCCAUGACAGGGAAUGGGCCUUUCACAAGUCACAUGUUUUUGCCUGACAUCAUUGAGGAGGAAGGUAAGGAGGAAGAUGAGAAGAAACAAAGGAUAAGAGGAUUUUCAUCCAGCUUAAAGAGGCCUCUUCUCGGUGCUGAAAGGCCACAAGAGGGCAGCACACUGUCUACAUGUUUAACAGACGGGAAUGAAAAAUGUAGCAAAGACCUUUUGUGCUCUGAAUUAAUUUCCUCACAGAAAGACACAUAUGUGAAUGAAUAUUCCCCUCCAACAUAUUCACCACCACCCCCUCCACCUUCAUCCCCUCUGCCACCAGCACCCGAUCUACACAAAUCAGAAAGUGGGCAUUUGAUGCAUGAAGAAGGAAACUCUGAAAACAUGGGCACCUCAAACAAAAUGAGUGUUUUCAAUCAUUCGGAGCAAAGUUCAGCCUUCAUUCCAGAGACGAGCGACCAUGCUGACAAAGUGGCGUCAGUCAAAGUUAAAACCGCCCACGAUAAGGAAGCCACCGAAGUUCUUGAAUCUACCAUCAACACAAGCGACGAAGUUACAGACAGCACAAACUCAGACAAUGUUUUUGAUGAUGAUGAUGAUGAUGAUGUUAGUAACUCCUUAAAUUAUAGCUCAUGUGAUAAAACUAAUGACAGGACUGAGUCGGCAAAGUGUAGCAUCAGCGAUACCUCAGCCAGAGCAGAUACAGAUGAAUCGCACAUCAACAUUAAGCCCCUUCCAAAGUAUGAAGUUCAGACAGGAAGUCCCUCCAUUAAUGCUGAUUACACUCUAGCUAUAAACUCUAUCACGGCAAAGCUCGGAGCUGCGACCAGCAUCACGUCUCCAACUUUUAAUUCAGAUGCUAGACUGAAAAGUGAGGUUGCUCCUCAAAAUGUUUCAUCUUCAGAUCCAAACACAGAUAAUACCACAUCUGAUUCCACCAUACCAAGAGCUGAAGCCAAAACGAAUCUAACCAGUCCAAACUUAAUAAUGGCUAAAACCGCCACAGUCCAGGAUCUCUCUAAAGACCCGUCUACUCCGACUCAUUUCCUCUUCCAGACCUGUUCGCCAACCAUUAUGGGCCGGCUGUCUGCAUCAACACUCAGGGGAAAGAUUCAAAGUCUGCCCCUUUAUUUAUCGCGUUCCCAAGACAGUCUGAAUCGAGCUGGAGAUGGAAGUACAGUCCAGAGUCCUGCUGAGGAAAACAGUAGAGACGACUCAAAGAUUGCCAUCAAAGUGACAGAUGUUCAUGAUGUCACAAAAACUCUUGACUUAGAGAUGGGCGCAACAGCUGAAUCGGCCGAAUCAGACGACUCGGAUACAACACUAACAGGAUCUGAGGUGGACGGGGAGUUUUUUGUAGAAACAACCUCAGCGAAGAGUUUUCCAUCAGGGUCUGAGGUUAAAGAAGGUUGUCCUCAGAUGCCGGUCCAAACUGAGCCCAAAUCCCAACAUCAAAGUCAGCCUCUGCACAGCAGACUUAACGAGAACAUACCUGGGCCGGUAACAGCGCCUCCACCCUCCAUAGUGAGCCUACUCCAAAGAGAUACCACCAGCCUAAAGGUAAACCCUCCAGGACCUAUAAAAGAUCCUCCAGAACCAAUCAUCAAAGUCAGUAGUCCAACUAAAAACAGUCAAGCCAUUAAAGGGAGAACUCAGUCUCGCUCCAUUCCUCCUCCAAUCGUGGUGACUACACAGAAUCUAAAUGGACCAGGACUUGCGUUUCAUAGUCAGUCCCAAAGAGCAAGUAAGACCAGUAGCGAUAGACCUUUAACUGGUCUUUGUCAGCCUUCAGAGCAGAAUUCAGACUCAGCAAAACUUUCCACAGGCUGCAGGGUGUUUACCAUCUGUGAAGACCAGUCCCAGACAAAGACCUCAGUGGAAGCGGGGUCUGCUCAACCCUUGAAGUCUGAGUUCGGCUGCAGUUCUGUGCUCGCGUCUGGGUGUGAAUCAGUUGCAGAGGGGGUGCAGGUACCACUGGACGCUUGUGGCUGCCCAGCAGUUUACUCAAACUGUUUCAGCGGGGAGGACAGCUUCGAUGAGGAGCUGACGGUCUACGAGUUCUCUUGUCGUGCUCAGAGAAGCAGUGUUACCCAGAUUUCUGCAGCAGGUCUUCCUCUCAUUACAUCGCCCCCUGUUCCCUCCUUUCUCUCUGUCUCUCCCACCCACUCCCCCUCUUUUCCUCGUUCCAUCCUCUUCUCCUCCUCCACCUCUGAGCUCAGCCCUCUCCUCUCGCCUCUGUCAAACACCUCUGAUUCAUACACUUCUCAAAUGCACAAGGACAUGAUCAGUUAUUUAGGUCAGCAGCGCUACUCAGACCCUCCAGCAGGUUUCCAGGCUCUCCGUAUAGAUGUGGACAAGCUCCUUUCUGUUUUGGAAGGCAGCAGCACUGACCGAUCCAUGGCUGGUCAUGGAGGUCGUCACCCAAGGGACAGCUGCCCGGUGCACUUUACAGAAAACAAGAGGGUGCUGCAGAUAGAGGCCCGGCGGCUUAUGUCCGGCUGUCAGAAGGUAGUGGGGACUGGGCAGAGCCCAGAAGAAAUGCUUCACUCCUUGGCCAACAGUUUCCGAACCCUGGUGGAGCUGGCAGGUAUCUGCCUUUGGUUCUCCGGUUGUGACAGGUGUGACCGAAGGAACGCAGAGGCGGUUGCAGGUCUGGCAGACGUGGCGCGCUCGUUCAGGGACUUCUGUCUGGCAGCGGAGAGAGCCUGCAGCAAACGCAGCUGCCACGACCUGAGCACCAAACUGCUGGCCAAACAGUGCACAGCGCUCACAGCGUCCGUCUUCUGCCUCACUCAGCUGUUCCGCACCCUCACCGCACUGUGAGUGGACCACAGCCGCUGAGGACUCCACGUACAUGAGGUCACUGGUGAGCCCACAGCUGCUGCAGAACAGGGCAAAGUGAUCUGGGACAGUCAGCAUGUUUAGAAGCUUGAUGCGCAGAUUUCUGGGAGUUCAGCUAAAAGUCUAAAUAGCCACGAGAACUCAACAUCAUAGAGCCACUUUUUGUCCAGUUAAGCCAGAGAACAAACAUAGAGGUGCAUGUGGUAACUGAUCACUUUCAGAGCUACGGCCAAAAGUGUUGGGUGGAGCAAGCUGCAGGAUUAGACUCUGUAGUACUGAGGAACUGAUGUACUUGAAUGUAUUAUUUAUAAUUUCCAUCCGUUUUUUGUGUUUAUUUAAUUAUUAAGUUGCAACAGUUUGUGAGAAAGUAAGAAAUGUCAAAGAAAAAGGAAGUUUGGAAAUGUUUACUUAAAGCUUUAUACCGAUGAGUAGCGUUGUGGCCAAGGACACACACACACACAUACACAUAAUACUGUUUGCAGAGUAAAUCUGUUUGAUUCAGUCAUUCAUACACAGGCCUUUGAUUCAGCUGUCUAUUUUUCUGUGACAAAACUUUGUUUCCUCUGAUCCUCUGAGAACUGUGCAGUUUUCUGAUGCGUAAUGAUGGUAUCUUAAUGUUGUCCAGGCUGUCAGUGAGGACUUUUGUUGAAUGUUGUUGUUUACAAAAACCAAAAACUAGCUUGAGAAGUCAUUUGAUUGAAUUGAGCCUGAGCUGUUUGCCAUUUUAUAAACCUAGUAUAAAGUAUGCUGAUGUAUGUGCAUUAUGUGAUUUCUUGAAAUAACAUUUUGGCUGAGUUACGUUCAAGUCUGGUGAAGUUUUUCACACACAUUUUGGUGUGAUUUAUGGGACUGUAAUACUGCAAACAGCUUUUCCCUUAGUGUUUUAUCAACACCCUAUUUUUCCAUCAGCAGGUAAAAGACUGAACCCUCUUGUGCAUGGUGACGAUGCUGUCAAACCUGUUUUGUUUGUUUGUUGUUUUUUUUUUCAAAACAGUUAUUUAUUUUUCUAUGUAGCACAAACAUAUUAAUAACAACAGUCUGCAGCUUAUGAAAGAUAAUUAGUAAAUGAUAUUUGUAGGAUGUUCCAUAGUUUUAUGAGAGCUUGUUUUGAGUUUCAGACUUUGAUUCAAGAUCAUAAAAUCCUGCACAGCUCUGUUUGAACUCUGGGGACAGUAAAAAAAAAAAGAAGAAAGAAAAGACUGACUCAUACCAACCUGUCUCUAACACUAAGUGCUUUAUUACUGCAGGUGAUCACGAAACGUAGUAAUCCAGUACCAGAAUUUGGCCACAAAUAGCCCAAACAGAGCAUGAUUUCAGUAUGCAGUAUUAUUAUUAUUAUUAUUAUUAUUAUUAUUAUUAUUAUUAUUAUUAUUGUUAUUACUGACUAUGAGAUUUGUUCAGCCUUUAUUAUGUAGGGUUGGUCAAACUGAUGCAGUGGAGAUUGAGAGCCUCUCAUCAAAAGUCAAUAAGCUGAAUGCAUCUGUCACAAAAUCAUGAACAACACCGUUCAGCACUGAUUUGCUUAAAGCUUAUUAUAGUGGAUAAGCUGUUGCAUUGCAGCAUUUUCACUUGGAAUGUUUCUUAAAAUAAAAAAGCCUUGAAGUACACUGGACCUGCAUGUUCACUGCAGCAACAUCAGAAGAGAUUUCACCACCUCCAUGCUGGAAACACAAAAUACUGCAAACAGUGUUUGUAUUAAUAUUAAGACAACAAAAAGAAUUUAUAUAUUCACAUGUACUGUUUCAUUCUGUUUGGUUGCAGCAAGAAAUCGUUUUCUGUACUUUCUUCCCAGUUUGCAUCAGAGGAGAACUCGUCAACUUUUUACCACAACUUCCAUUUUGGAUACCCUCUCAAAUUAAUGAAGGAGUGUGUUCUUUUGUAAUCAUCUGUGCUCACGAAGCAUGCUGUUACAAGCCAUAAAAUGCUUUGUUAUUUUAUCAGGGAUCUUAUCUGUGAAUGACUGAAUGGUGAUGUCUGCUCUUGCUUUGUAAUCCUCAACUCCCACCAUUAAAAUCCAUGUUAAGA